AUGUACAAGUUUGCUGUACUUUUUGCUUUGGUUGCGUUCGUUACCGCUGCUCCGGAACCCAAGCCCGGUUAUGUAGCAGUUGCACCAGUGCUUGCUCACGUCGCCGCUCCCUCCGCCUCCAGCUAUUCAAAUUCAUACAAAGUGACAUUAAAAAGUCCAGUAAUUCAACCUGCAGCAUAUGUUGCACCAGCCGCACCACUGACUUACGCACAACCAUUGGCUUAUGCUGCAACAGCUUACGCCGCGGCUCCUCUCGCCUACGCUCACCCCGCUGUCGCUAUUCACCCAUAA